UUACUGAAAAAGCAAAUCGAUUUAGUUAAUUGGAUAAAUCAAAUUGUAAAAAUUAACUUCAAUCGUUGCCAGUAACUAACGAAUAUUUAUAAAUUAGCAAAACACAUAACGAGAUGAAGUUAAUCAUUUUAACUCUAAUAAUAAGUAUUUUAUCAAAAGUGUCAUCAAAUGAUAGUAAUAAUUUUAAUUGUUCCGAUCCUCUGGUUAAGAUCCAAUGGUCCUGGUUACGGGGCUUCACUCGGCAAAUAUUAGACACUCCGGUUCACCAUUUUUUGGGAAUCCCUUACGCGUUACCACCGGUGGGUCCAUUGAGAUUUAAACCAACGAUUCCAUUGAGAGGACAUCAUUUACAUCACAAAGGUGUUUAUAAUGCCACUUCUUAUCAAUUCGGGUGUAUCCAGACCCCGGAGGACGAAGCGAAACACUCAACGAUACCUUCAAGUGAAAAUUGUCUCUUCAUCAAUGUUUAUACUCCUGCUAAUUUGUCCCUUGUUGGUUUACCAAGAAAUCCUAAGCUACCAGUGCUUGUUUUUAUCCAUGGAAGUGGCUUCGUUUAUGGAUCGUCAGGCAAUCCUCAUAUUUAUGGUGGUUACCUGGCUGGAUUAGGUAACAUGGUUUUCGUCGUUUUCAACUAUCGACUUGGUGCUUUGGGCCUAAUGUCUGGGCAUCCGACAAAGAUUCCCGGUAAUCUUGCACUUUGGGACCAAAAAGCGGCUCUUGAAUGGGUCCAAAACAAUAUUGACGCUUUUGGUGGUGAUCCAAAACGGGUAACACUUAUGGGACAUUCUGCAGGUGCUAAUUUUGCAACGAUGCAUUUAAUGUCCAAGGAAACUCGACCUCUUUUCCAACAGGCUAUGGUAAUGAGUGGAAUAGCUUGUAAAAGAUCUGGUUUAGAUUCCCCGUUGUUGGCCUUGAGAAAGACUCGUGAAGUUACUCGUCGUGUUAACUGUUCUCGAGUAACCUUGGAAAAUGUACCCUUGCUUGAUGAAGAAAUUGAUUGUCUCAUGAGAGUCGAUGCACUGGAAAUAGCUCAAGCUCAGGGGUCACUGGAAUCAACUGAACCCAAUCAGUGUGGAGGAUCAAUAUUUCUCCCAUCCUAUGGAAAUGCCUUCCUACCUCAUUCAACCGACACCCUGGCUCAGAGAGGUGAUCAUGUUCAUGGUAAACCAAUUCUAGUUGGCAAGGUUCCCAUUGAAACUUUAGCAGUUCUCAAUGUAACCAGUUUAACCUCAGCAGCUAAUCAGAUUCAAUCAUAUAUCACCAAAACAACGGGUGUAGUUCAACCAGAACAUUUGCAAGCCAUUUUAAAAUAUUACCUUAAUUCAAUUGAAAGUGACGACGAUUCAAAACAAUUAACUGGUUCUGUUAUUUCCGCAAUCAAUGAUCUCUGUCAACAUUGUCCUCUUUUAUCAUUUUCACGACAAUGGGCAACCGGAAAUCCGGUUUACCAAUAUUAUUAUACUUAUGUAACUUCGGGCUACAAGAAUGAUCCUAUUCGAGCCUAUGGGCCCCUCCACGCCGAUGAUACUAAAAUAUUAUUUGGUUUACCUUUUGAAGAUGCUGAUGAAUAUACUGAUUCUGAUCGGCAGGUCAGUAAGUUUAUGAUAAACCUAUGGUCACAUUUUGUUCAUAAAGGCUCAAUGGAAUGGCCUCCAGUUUUAAUUAACUCAUUCUCUAGGAAUAAAUCAAUUAUGUACCAAUAUGAAAUCGAUGGGAUUAAUAAUACAACAAUUGAUUUUAAAAAUAUAGACAUUGAUCCUGAUUCAUUCAUAUGUGGACUAUUACCUUAAUUGUUAUUGAUAAAUCAAUGAUCAUAAUCAAUACUUGUUCAAUGAGAAACUGUUUUAAUACAAUCUAAUCAUACAUUUUAUUACAACUUUCACAUGUUAAUAGUUUUAAAUAUUAAACCAUUGGAAAUAAAUUGUUCAAUGAUCAUUUAUCAUCUUUGACAAACAAUUAAAAGUUUGUUAACUCAAAAUAACAACAAAAAAAUAGAUAAAAACUUUCA